GAACUUAUCUUAUACGCUGCCUACUAUCUUUCUCACAAUCAUAACUUCUUUACUUACAGAAUACAUACUGUCUACUUCCAACUAGUUUCGCUUCAGCAUGGCCCACUCGCAUUCUCAAAGUGGUGAAAAGGUGGCCAUAGUGAUUGGAUCCGGGUUAGCUGGCUUGGCUGCCUCCUCCCAAAUUCUUUCACAAAGUCAUGAUAUCGAUGUUUAUCUCCUCGAACAAGCAGGCCGAACUGGAGGAAAUAGCAUAAAAGCCUCUUCAGGAAUAAAUGGUACAGAAACAUCGUUUCAACUUGCAUCGAAACCUCCUAUUAUAGACAGCGUCGAGACGUUCUAUGAUGAUUCGAUUAAGUCAGCAGCGGAGGCUAUGCGGGGCACUGGUGAUGGUGAAGCGGAUAGAAAGGAAAGGGAGCGUUUGAUCAGGACACUAAGUGAAGAGUCCAAGGGAGCUGUUGAGUGGUUGGGUAGUAAGGGCGUGGAUCUUAGUAUCAUUGCUCAAUUGGGAGGACACAGUAUUGCUAGAACGCAUCGAGGAGGCGAAAAGUCUAAACCGCCUGGAGCGGCGAUUGUUGAUACUCUUCUGGAGGAAUUGAAACGAAACGACAGGUUUCAUCUCAAGACUUCGUGCAGGGUAAUCAGAGUAAUUAAGGAUGGCAAAAAUCAAGAUGUCAGAGGUGUGGAAUGCAUUUGCGACGAUGAAAACAAAGUACCGAAAAUCGAAGUAUUAAUAGGCCCUCUGAUCUUCGCAACUGGUGGAUUUGCAGGCGAUGCAUAUGGGAUGUUAGCAAGAUAUCGCCCUGAUUUAUCCGGAUUUCCCUCCACCAAUGAAUCACGCUCUGGGUCUCAAGAACUUCUCUCGGAUAUUGGUGCUGGACUGAUCGAUAUGGAGAAAGUACAAAUCCAUCCUACUGCAUUUGUGGAUAUGAAAGAUACCAACAAUCCGACCAAGUUUCUAGCCGCGGAAAUGUUGAGAGGCGAGGGUGGUGUACUUUUGAUGGGCGGGAAGAGAUUUGUAGAUGAGUUGGACACAAGAAAGAUUGUUGCCGGAAAAAUCAUGGAAGUUGGUGAAAUUCGAAGGAGUGAGGGGCAGCCAAGACAAUGGGACGUGAAGCUUGUGAUUGAUCAAGGAGUGUAUGAGAAGGCAAAAUCACAUGUAGACUUUUAUUUGUGGAAGGGUUUGAUGAGGAAAGCUACUGUUGCGGAAGAAAAUCUUGGAGAAGAUGCAGUUGGAAAUUUGCAGAGGUAUGCAGACGCUGUAGCAAAAAGGUCGAAGGAUGAGUUUGGUAGGAAGUCUUUUGGAUGUUGGAAAUUGAAUGAGGUAAGGCCUGAUUCAGUAAUAUACGUAGGAAAUGUCACCCCGGCGGUUCAUUUUACGAUGGGAGGAGUAAGGAUUGAUGAUCAAGCAAGGGUUUUGACUGCAAAAGGGGGUGUGAUUAGGGGAAUCUGGGCAGCAGGCGAAGUUACUGGAGGAAUUCAUGGGGAUAAUAGGUUGGGUGGCAGUUCGUUAUUGGAAUGUGUUGUUUUUGGAAGGAAGGCUGGAGAUGGAGUAUUGAAUUCAACGCACGGUUCAAUACGAGUGUAGUAACUGAGGGCUAUGUAAUCUCCUGAAUACAUCAAGAAGACGCGAGCGAGCAGCGGGGUAGUGUUCCCAGGUGUGCAAACUAUUUUUUAAGUUAAACAUGCAGGACUUCGGAACAACUAAACUCUGUUAAGUAAUAAUAUGAUCUUGGAGAUUGGAAUCUCAUAAUUGUUAAGUAUAUACGGAACGAUAGAUUUAUCGAACUAAAAUGAAUGAAAUAAAGUCUGGGAUCAGACUGCA